AUGUCUUGUUCGUCGUCGUCUUCAGAUAAUACAAUUGUUCUGCAAUCCAAAGAUACAUUUCAUCAAUUUUCUCGACUCCCUCUGGAGCUGCAACGACAAAUCUGGGACUCAACACUUGAGCCCCGCAUCCUAACCGCCUACGAAUCGAGAACCCUCCCCAACCGAAGCCCUCCGACCACAUGCUUCACUAAGGUCUGGAACUUGGUGCCCUUUCCCACUUCCCCAGAGGUUGGAAUAUACACCGUGGCUGAAGGAAUCUGGCCUCCAUUAAGACCGACACCAUUCUGGGCCAUGCCGUACUUUCGACAGCUGAUCAGCGACCAAAUCAUCAAGAAUAAUCGCCGCGAAAAAUACCCAGCUGAUCUUUUGAUGCGGUUCGAAUACGACACGAAAAGACCAGCCGGACCCGUGGCAUUGCGAGUAUGCAAAGAAAGUAGAAAAGUAGCGCUCCUUCACUACCAACUUGGCUUCGGUGGCUGGCAUCGAUGUCCUAACAAAACAUUCAGCCAAGCAUUCGAGGAAUCUGGGCUUCGUGAGAGAAGAGUUUGGAUCGAUUUUGAAAGAGACACAAUUUUGAUCCAAGUACUCCAACUCCCCCAGAACGCUCUCCCCCAGAACGCAGACCAUGUACGCGAUACAGCAAAAGCAUACAAACAGCUCCGUAAUCUUGCUGUUGUAGCCGGAAGAUGCUGGACUGGUCGAGGUACCGUUCGCAGCGAUGUGCAGCAUAUCAUGCCUUGGGAUGAAUGCUUGUUAGUCACCUUGCAGCAGUUGGAGAAGCUCGAGAACCUGGUUGUCUAUUACUAUCGCGAUGACCAAGAGAGUGUUUUGGCUGGGACGCCGUUCAAUGAACAGGUGAAGAAGACAAUUCUGGAGGUCAUCGCUGAUCCUUGGGCCUCCUUUCCGGUGGGGACUAAGAUUCUACCGCUUCUCAAGCCUCCAAAUGUGAAGAUGGUGAUGCUUGAGGCGACUUUAGAGUACAUGAAAUCAUACUGA